ACACACAGAUACCAAUCUGCAAAGGUGUCUACAAAAUCUGUAUGAGAUUAAGCAGUUGACAACAUUUGGGCUUUACACUGAUGCAGAAGAGGCGCCAGUAAAAGUGUUUCCUGUUCUGUUUAUUGAGAUUAAUCGUUUCACUGGUGAAGAUGGGGAAUCGGGGGAUGGAGGAUCUGAUCCCACUGGUAAACAGACUACAGGAUGCUUUUUCUGCCAUCGGACAAAAUGCCAAUCUGGACCUUCCUCAGAUUGCUGUUGUUGGGGGUCAGAGUGCUGGAAAAAGCUCGGUACUGGAGAACUUUGUGGGAAAGGAUUUUCUUCCCCGUGGUUCUGGCAUUGUUACCCGCCGCCCUCUUGUGUUACAGCUUAACAACUGUCCCACAGAAUAUGCUGAGUUUCUGCAUUGCAAGGGGAAAAAGUUCACUGAUUUUGAUGAAGUACGCCAGGAGAUUGAAGCAGAGACAGACCGCAUCACUGGGCAAAACAAGGGCAUUUCUCCAGUACCCAUUAACCUAAGAGUUUACUCCCCUCAUGUUUUAAAUCUUACUCUAGUGGACUUGCCUGGUAUGACGAAAGUGCCAGUGGGGGACCAGCCUGCUGAUAUUGAGUUUCAAAUUAGAGAUAUGCUUAUGCAGUUUGUAACCAAGGACAAUUGCCUGUUGCUGGCUGUCUCCCCUGCCAACUCAGAUCUUGCCAACUCAGACGCCCUCAAAAUUGCGAAAGAAGUGGACCCUCAAGGUUUAAGGACAAUUGGUGUGAUCACUAAACUGGACCUGAUGGAUGAGGGUACAGAUGCUCGAGACAUCUUGGAGAAUAAGCUUCUUCCUUUGCGUAGAGGUUACAUUGGAGUAGUAAACCGAAGUCAAAAGGAUAUUGAUGGGAAGAAAGACAUUAAUGCAGCCAUGGCAGCUGAGAGAAAAUUUUUCCUUAGUCAUCCAUCGUAUCGUCAUCUGGCUGAGCGAAUGGGGACACCUUACCUCCAGAAAGCCCUUAAUCAGCAACUGACCAAUCACAUUCGAGAUACGCUGCCAGGGUUUAGGAACAAGCUGCAGAGCCAGCUGCUAUCCAUUGAGAAGGAGGUGGAAGAGUACAAGAACUUCUGCCCUGAUGACCCCUCCCGCAAAACCAAGGCCCUUCUACAGAUGGUUCAGCAGUUUGCAGUGGACUUUGAAAAAUGUAUUGAAGGCUCUGGUGAUCAAAUUGACACCUACGAGCUGUCAGGUGGAGCCAGGAUCAACCGUAUCUUCCAUGAGCGCUUUCCUUUUGAACUGGUCAAGAUGGAAUUUGAUGAGAAAGAGCUGCGUAAGGAAAUCAGCUAUGCUAUCAAGAACAUCCAUGGUAUAAGGACUGGUCUGUUUACUCCAGACAUGGCCUUUGAGACAAUUGUGAAGAGACAGAUAGGUAAGAAUAAAGAGCCUUGCCAGAAAUGUGUGGACUUGGUCAUCUCUGAGCUGGUGAAUACUGUCAGGCAGUGCACUAAGAAGCUGGCACAGUACCCAAUGCUGAGGGAGGAAAUGGAGAGGAUCGUCACCCAGCAUAUCCGUGACAGAGAGAGUCAUACCAAGAACCAGGUUAUGCUUCUGAUCGACAUUGAGCUGGCCUACAUGAACACCAAUCAUGAGGAUUUCAUUGGGUUUGCUAAUGCUCAGCAAAGAAGCAGUCAGAUGAGUAAAAAGAAGGCUGCAGGCAAUCAGGACGAGAUAAUGGUGAUAAGGAAGGGCUGGCUUACCAUCAACAACAUUGGCAUCAUGAAGGGAGGAGCGAAGGAGUACUGGUUUGUGCUGACUGCUGAGACUCUGUCCUGGUACAAAGAUGAUGAGGAAAAAGAAAAGAAAUACAUGCUGCCGGUGGAUAACCUCAAGCUCAGAGACAUUGAGAAAAGUUUUAUGUCCAGCAAACACAUCUUUGCUCUUUUCAACACCGAACAAAGAAACGUGUAUAAGGAUUACAGGCAGCUGGAACUGGCCUGUGAGACACAGGAGGAGGUGGACAGCUGGAAGGCCUCCUUCCUGCGUGCUGGCGUUUACCCAGAACGCAUUGUGCAGAGUGAAGCCAGUGAAGACAGCUCAGACAGCUUGAUGCACUCUAUGGAUCCCCAGCUGGAGAGGCAGGUGGAGACCAUCCGCAACCUGGUGGACUCCUAUAUGUCCAUUGUCAACAAAACUAUACGUGAUCUUAUGCCCAAGACUCUUAUGCACCUCAUGAUCAACAAUACUAAGGAGUUCAUCCAUGCUGAGUUGCUGGCUCAGCUGUAUUCAUGCGGUGACCAGAACACUCUGAUGGAGGAAUCAGCCGAGCAGGCACAGCACAGGGACGAGAUGCUGCGUAUGUACCAUGCACUCAGAGAGGCUCUCAGCAUCAUCGGAGACAUCAGCACCAGCACUGUGUCCACUUCCAUGCCACCACCAGUGGACGACUCCUGGCUGCAGGUGCAGGGAGGACCAUCGGGACGAAGAUCCCCUAUGUCCAGUCCCACACCUCAGCGUCGGGCACCUCCUGGACCCCCUCGUCCUGGGGCUCGUGCUGCUCCAGGACCGCCUGCUGCUGGAGCUCCCCCUGUGCCCUCCAGACCUGGAACCUCUCCAGACCCCCAUGGAGGGCCACCACCCCAAGUGCCUUCACGGCCCAACCGUGCUCCUCCAGGAGUGCCCAGCCGUCCAAGCAAAGGUAGUCCUUCUCAUGGAGAGAGCCCUCAUCCUUCACUUGAAUCAUAGAACCUGUUCUUCCUCCCCUCGUCUCCCUCCUUCUCUCUCUCUGCUGCCUUUCCUCUCGCACAGAGAACGUUGAUCUGGUGGUUAAAAAAUCAGAUAGAUCAAAACGUUUAGCUACUAAGAUAAAUGUGUUUACAGUACUUUAUGUGGGGUGAUAUGCAGAGGGGUAUUCGCGGAGAUUCUGGGAGAGUUAAACCAUAUUUCAGUCAGAGUAAAAAAAUGAAAAAAUGUGGUCUUUUACCACUGUGCUGAGUUGGCUGCAUUAUUAUUGUCCUGAAAAUGCUGUGCAGUGUUACUAUGUUUACACAAUAAAUAAUGUCAGUGUUUUACAUUCAGUUGUUAUUCAGUGUUAUGAAAAGCCUGCAGUUUGCCUUGAUAACUUGUUAACAAAUAUAACUUGCUGUACAUGUGCACACGUAAAUUCCCUUGUUUACAACCUUGAUGGAGCUUGCUAGCUAUUUUGUGGAAUUGUAUGUAUCAUUAAAUUUUUUUUGUAAUGUCUAGAGGAAACUAGCAAGCCUGUCAUCAUUCAAAUAAUAUUUUAACUGAAAAUGCUAAUGUUGUGAAUGGCAGCUAAUUGUUGACAUUAUGCAAAUGAAAUCGGGCUAACUGGUCAUUAUUUAAGGUGAAUUAUUUAUUUAAAUGGAAUGUAUAGAUGUUAAAUGUGUAUUGUAUUAUGUCUGAUGGAGAAAACAGACCGUACGUGAGUGGGUUUAUGGCCGUAUCUUAACCUAUAAGCUAUGAUAUCAGCUAUGAUAUAUGACUGUUAUCCCAUGCACAAAUCUUAGAGGAAUUCUAUGAUGUUUACUGGUGUUUUUCUGUGUUAAACAAAUCUUUAAUGUAUGUCUGUGGUGCAUCACUGGGAAUUGUAUUUGUGUAAAUUGUACAACAUGUAACACCCAAUAACAAAAUCAGUGAAGUGACUGUAAAAAGAUGAUUGAUGUGUGUAUAUAUUCUGUGUGAUGUGUAUAUAUCAGUUGUUUUAUUUAAAUGAAAACUGUGAAUGUGUUGGUCCAGCAUCAGAAAUUGACCAGUGCGUUGUGAAUAAAUUAAACUAGCAAAGUG